CUCCUCCACGCCCCCCCACCCCAACACACACAGAUGUGCUUCCACCAGCUGGGAGAGAGGUUCUCCGGGCAGCAGCGAGUCAAGCAGGAGCUCCGCUCAGCCCUUCUUUCCUGCAUCUCUGGGGAUCUGCGUGGGAACAGGCACCACCAGAGGCCUGGUGGAACCAGCACACAACUGUUUCUGCUGCUUCUCCAGAGGAAGAAUUAGGUGGGAGCACUAACACUGGGACAGUAGGUGUCUGGCCCUUGGGAGAAGGACCUGUGGUACCAUGGAGACAGCCUGGAGGCAGGCCUGAAGCUCAGCCGCAGAGGUACCCUAUACAUAUGGGCCAGGCAGCCCCUUCGUGCCUCCCGUGCGUGGAACAUGAUGGAGCUUGAUAACACCAGCCUGGCCAGCGGGCUGGGCUUGUGCUUCCGCAGCAUGAACAUCAGCCAGAACAAGAAGAUCAUUGCCUCGCCAUGGUUCUCCACCAUCUUUGGCACCGUUGGCCUCUCCUCCAACCUCUUUGCCCUCUGUGUCUUGAUCAGCUCCUCCAGAAAGAUGCACAGUCGCUCCCGCUCCUCCUUCCUCGUCUUCCUCUGUGGCCUGGUGGUGACAGACUUCAUGGGCCUGUUGGUGACUGGCUCCAUCAUCAUCUCUUACCACUUCACCAAAUUUGACUGGAUGGAGGUUGACCCCAGUUGCUACCUCUGCAACUUCCUGGGCUUCUCCAUGGUCUUCUUUGGCCAGUGCCCCCUGCUCCUGGGUGCCACCAUGGCUGGUGAGCGCUUCUUUGGCAUCAACCGGCCCUUCUCCCGCUCCGGCAUCAUGUCCAAACACCGUGCCUGGGCCAUGGUGGGUAUGGUCUGGGGCUUCUCCUUCUUCCUAGGACUCCUUCCCCUCCUGGGCCUUGGGGAAUACAGCCUGCAGUACCCCAGUUCCUGGUGCUUCAUCACCCUGCUGCAUGACAUCAAGAACAAGGUCUUCUGCAUGAUCUUUGCCUUGCUGGGUAUCCUCUCUGUGGGCCUGUCCUUCAUCUUCAACACAGUCAGUGUGGUGACGCUCUGCCGGGUCUACCAUGACCGCGAGUCUGCACAGAGACGGCGAGACAGCGAGGUGGAGAUGAUGGUGCAGCUGGUGGGCAUCAUGGUCAUCGCCACUGUCUGCUGGUUACCCCUGCUGAUCUUCAUCAUCCAGACUGUCCUGCAGGAGCCACCCACAGGGCUCCUACCCCGGCAGAUCCCGCGGAAGACCGAGAACCUGCUGCUGAUCUACCUGCGCAUGGUCACCUGGAACCAGAUCCUGGACCCCUGGGUCUAUAUCCUCUUCCGCCGGGCUGUCCUGAAACGCAUCUACCCCAGCUUCAACUCCAGGCAGUCCAUCGUCUCGCUCUACCCUGUGUUCAACCCCUCACUGCGGCGCAAGUUCACCCAGGAGUCUGUAGAGCAGUAGCUGGGGGUGGUGGUAAAGGGGCUUCCGGGAGCCUGAGGUCAAUGGGGUGAUGUCGGGGCAGCCUCUAGGAUCCUCCCCCUCGAGGCAUCGUAGCAGCCUGCUGGGAGGUAGGAGUGGGGAGGAGGGGGCACUGCCCCAGUCUUGGACCAGGAAUGCUAUUGUCUGCCUCCCCUUCUGGGCCUGGCCUGCUCAGCAGCAGGACAAGGGAUGGGGACAAGCUUCCUUCCUGACCCCUGCUGGGAGCAUGGGGCCUUAGGGCUAGUGGAACUGGGCUCCGAGUAGCCUCAUCCCAGAUGCUGCUGCACUCACAACCCAUGGCGGCCCUCAGCUGCCAGCACUGGCGUCUCUGAGAUGCACGUGCCUCCUCACCUCUGGCCUCCAGUGGUUCCCACACUCCUGGCUGGACUGUUUGACCAGAACAAAGCUCAUUUAACCCCCACACUCGCAUCCCAGUUCUUCAGUCAGGAGCCCCAGCUGCAUCCUUCCCUUAUUUCUGUUUGACAGAGGAUCAUGCUCCAUGAGCCACUCUCUCUCCCCCACUACCAGUAGAGGGGAUGGGACUGGUGGGCCUGGAACUGCCUGCCCAGGGACUGGCUUGCAGCACAGACAGGGGCUUCAGCUACUUGGAGCAGAGCCCACCCCCCAUGGCCUGCAGUGGGGUGGGGAGAUUGCACUGUGGGCACAGUUGUAGGACGAUGAGGAUGGAGCUUGCCAUUGACACAAGCCACAUGCAUGCUCAUGACAGUAAUAAAGUCUUGG